AUGAGUACCAUCCAGCAUGGUGGGCCUCGUCGUGCCUAUGGCUGGAUAAUGGUGCUCGCGCAAUCUCUGGUGCAGAGACCUGAAAAGAAUCUCGGGUCGGUUCUGGACCAAUGGCUUCUCGAUGACACUGUUAGGCCUGUGGCAGAGCUGCUGAAGAACCAACUGCUCGAGUUUCACCUUGAUUGUACCGAGGUGCCUCCGGUCCACGUCCGGUGGUAUCGAGCCGGCCAAACGGGCAUCUACCAGGAUGUAACACUUCGCCUGACCGAACUUCCUACCAUCAUCUGGCAGAAUACCUCUUCGAGAAGCUCAGACGAUUUCCGCGUGCGGUGGUGA